GUGAGAGAGCAGCAUGCAGUCGGCUCCAGCAGGUUUGUGGGACCCCCAUGGACCCCAGUCUAAAGAUGUCUCCUCUCUCCCCGUACACACACCCUCCGCCUCUCGCCUCUCCCAUGUGAUCGCUGCACUACCGACUAAGAGAAUCACCUUCUACAAGAGCGGCGACGCUAAGUUUGCGGGAGUGAGGAUGGCCGUCCACAAACGCAGCUUCAAAUGCUUCGACGCACUACUGGACGACCUGUCGCAGAAGGUGCCCCUGCCGUUUGGAGUACGUACAGUCACCACCCCCAGAGGAAUCCACAGUAUUAAACAUCUAGAGCAGCUGGAGGACGGUGGGUGCUACCUCUGCUCUGACAGACGGCAGGCUAAACCAAUCAACAUGGAGCUGGCUGGCAAACGUCCCGCCCUCUGGCACCACAACAGUCGAAGAGUGCCACAGCGACCAGCAGAAGACCCUCCUCCUCCCAGUGCUCCAAGCCACACCCCUACACGGCAGCGACGCAUCCUAUUGGUCAGGAACAGCGACCCUGCAGUGAGGAGGAGUGUGAUUCUGAGUCGCCGCUCGGCCCGGAGCCUCCGAGUGUUUCUGGAGGGCAUCUCGGAAAUUAUGCAGUGUCACGUCAGGAAAUUAUACACGCUAGAGGGACGCAAGAUUGACAGUGCACAGAGCCUGAUGACGUGUCCAGGUGUGUUGGUGUGUGUAGGUCGAGAGCCCUUCAGACCUCUACUCCUGAACUAUGUAGCCAAGCACUCUGAGGAGAAACUACCUGGACUGGGGACGCGGUCACCUGUCAGUGGGGCCCGGUCUCCCGGUACUGGGGCCCGGUCACCUCGUAAUGGUCAGGGAGCUCGGUCACGGUCUAGUGUCUGCAGCGAAGGACAUGGCAGCAAGAAGAAUGUGAACUUUGGUCUGGAGACUAAGAAGACCAUCAUCCAUCCUCUCUCAGACUCUUCCAACCGCUCCACCCGCUUCUCUCUGUCCUCUGACAAGUCCUACCCUAAUGGCCUCAGCAGCCAAGGUGGCAAGGAGGCGGUGCUUAACGAUGACAUAGAGAAGCGGGUACUGGUGAACAAAGACGGCAGCCUGUCUGUAGAGAUGAGGGUGCGGUUUCGUCUCCAUAACGACGAGAGGCUCCAGUGGUCCACGGAGAUUAAGAAGUCUCCCUCUGACUCUCUGACCAAUGACUGCUGUCCCCUCAGGGAAGCCCCGCCCUGCUUCCUACAGCAAGGCCAAUCAGAAAGCUGCUCAGACCCUGACUCCGCCUCCUGUGUUGUUGAAGCUGCUGACUACACCCCCAAGCCUCCACAGCGCUCCCUGGAGGAGCCACAGUCACAUUAUGCCUGCUGCUUCCAAAGACAGGAGUAUGACCUUUGGGAGAACCCCGCCCACAUCCAGACUUCUAAGCACUCACACUCCAGGGUUAGACACACCCACUCCUCAAGCUCCUCCUCCUCCUGCCGCUCCAGCAAGUUGGUGAGGAGGCGUGCGACCCACAGGGAGUGCUCAGAGCUCGGAAGGGUUGUCCAUGGAAUGGUGGAGGUGUGUACAGUCAGCAGCAGCUGUAGCCACAGCGAGCUUAACCUGGGUGCCACAGACAACCAGGGGGAGGAGCGUCCUCUGUCUAGCUCCUCCCAUGUGCUCCAAGCACUUCAGGACGAUGUGGAUGACCUCCCUCCCAGCGUCUCACGCUGCUGCCAUAGCAACGAACCCCCACAAGCCCUCCCCUUGACCCCACAGCCUCCCAACCCUAUGUCUACCUCCCCCAGGAGCAGAAAACACACCCCUGCCCUACAGGGAGAGGAGAGGGGGAGCAAAACCUCCUCCCGGCGUUCUAGUAAUUCGUGCUCCUGCUGCAGAGGAGAAGUCACCCCUAAGGCCGACGAGGAGAGAGUGGACAGCUCGUUGUCGAAGGCCAGCCACGCUUCCCACAGAUCCAGAUCUCCCUCCAAUAGAAUCAGUAUCCCUGUGGCUCCAGAGGAGGGAGAUGAUGAAGCUGAGCAGGGUGGGAAGAGGGCAGUCAGCAUCUCCGGUGGCUCAGGGGAGUCCAUUGGAAGUCACAUAGGUCAAAGCGAUCUCAAGAAGAAGAGGAGGAGGAGAGGUCAGGGAGAGGACUCUCAGGUGGCUCAGAUGACAAAGCAGAUGGGUCCACCAAAGCUUCAGAGAGGGCGUCUCCCAGAUCAGAACCAGACGUCGCUGAGGAUACAGGAGCAGCAGAGACAGAGGACAGAGGAGCCAGUGUCAUGUGAAGGUGAAGAGGAAGAAGUGGGAGAGAAAACAGAGGAGAGGUUAGAGAGCUCCAUGUCUGUUAGAUCUAACCUCUCAGCAAAGUCUCGUAGGUCCUGUAAGUCUACCUGUAGCAAAGCAGAACAGGUCCUUUCCGCCAACUCACCAGAGGUACCAGCUACUGAACCUGAACCUACUGGAGAGGAUGAGGGAGAGGAGAGAGCAACGAUCUCCACGUCUGUUAAAUCUAACCUCUCAGCCAAGUCCAGCAGGUCUCAUUCUCCAAAACCAGCAGCGAGUGAAACUCUAGUCAACGAUCCAGCAGACGCGGAUGCAGCGGGUGCAUUGUCAGCUAAAACCAAUGCUUCAGCAAAGUCCCGUAGGUCUUGUAAGUCUACAGGAGAUGAUGAGAGAGAGGAGAGAGAAGCAAGAGCCACGUCAGCUAAAACGAGGGCUUCUAUCAAGUUCAGCAGGACCCACAAGUCUGCCUGUAAAGCUGCCUCUACAAAGCCAGCCGCAUGUGAAACUCCUGUCAACGAUCCAGAGGAGAAAACAGAGGAAGAGAAGACAGCGAGUGCAUUGUCAGCUAAAACCAGUGCUUCUGUCAGAUCUAGCAGGUCUCACAAGUCUACCUGUAGUAGGAGUGUUAGGGCUGAGACACCUGUUGCUAAAGACAUCCCUGCUAUUGAAACAACAGAGGGAGAUGAGAAUGGAUCUGCUGCUGCCGGAGAAACAGAGGAGAGACCAGCGAGCGCCAUUUUGGAUAACAAUAAUGCCUCAGUGAAAUCUAGCAUAUCUCACAAGUCUACCUGCAGCAAAGCAGAACGGGCCCCUUCCUCCAACUCACCAGAGGUGCCAGCGACUGAGCCUGAACCUACUGGAGAUGAUGAGGGAGAGAAGAGAGCAGCAAGUGCCACGUCAAAGUCCAGCAGGUCCCUCCAGUCUACCUGCAGUAGGAAUGUCUGGGCUGAGACUCCGGGGACUAAAGACAUCCCUGUUAUUACGACGACAGGGGGAGAGGAGAUGGUUGACGAUACAACUGCUGCUGGAGACACAGAGGAGAGACCGCCGAGCGCCAUCUCAGCUAAAACCAGUGCUUCAGUCAAGUCCAGCAGGUCUCAUAAAUCUACCUGCAGCAGGAGGGCUGAGAGUCGCAGAUCUCAACCAGCCGAUCUCCCUGUUAUUGAAACAACAGGAAGAGAAGAGGUCGGAGAGGAGAAAGAGAGAGCAGACAGUGUCAUGUCAGCUAAAUCUAACGCUUCAGCAAUGUCCCGCAAGUCUAACAGGCCCACCUGUAAUGGAAGUAGUAGAGCAGUCUCUCCAGUGGCUCAAGAUGUUCCUGCUAUCGAGACGACAGGUGGAAAAGAACAGAGAGACAAAUCCACCGCCUCUGUCAAGACCAACAGGUCUCAUAAGUCGUCCAGUGCAUCACAGGCCAAUGCUAAAUCCACCAAUCAUACACCGCCUACCACCACCGAGACCAAAGAGGAGUCUCAAAGUCAUGCCACGAGCCGACCUGCCAGCACGGCUGCACACAGAGACGAUGAUGUCAGAGAUCAUGUCACAGAGAAGAAAGCUCCCAGCGUACAUUCUAAGAGCCCUGCUAAAGCAGAAGGAGACUCAAGAGCGGCUUCCUUCGCCCGCUCCACCAGGUCGAAGGUGAAAGUCCAGAAGGCCAGCGAGGCCCAGGACGAUGAGAUGCCAGAGACAAGGGCUUCCUUCCUGCAAGUGAAAGGUCACAGGGUCAAAGCUCAGAGUGACACAGGCAGCGUUCACUCCGUGAAAACCUCCAAAACGGAUAAGAUUGUGAUAAAAGGGAAUUCCAAGCCAAAGUCGGCCCAAGCGGGAAACCCUACCUCCCAGUCCUUCAAUCCCCCUGAGGGCUCCAGACCCGCCAUCCAGCUGGGUACGGCCAGCGUCAGCGAUAGUCUCCUCUCCCAGUCCCUGUCUGCAGCUGACCUGCUCAGGGGGAACAUGGCCACCUCGCGCCUCUCCAGCCCUGCAGGGUCAAAGGUUAGCAUCCCUGAUAGUGGGAAGAGUGGGAAGAGUGGGAGUAGCCAGAGGAGGAGGAAGCUCAAGCAGGAAGAGGCAGAGCUAGAGGAGCUGGGUCCCCUCUGUCUGCCCAAAACCUCACCCAAUGACAUUGUCAGUGAUUGGCUGAGAGGCAUCCCUGCUGACAGCGGCAUGGAUAACCCUGAAGAUGAAAUGAACGAGGGAAUUGAAGAGACAGAAGAAGAGGAAGAGGAAGAGGAGCAGGAGAACACGGCUGAAACAGGACAACGGGAAGAGGAAGAGGAGCAGGAGAACACGGCUGAAACAGGACAAGAGGAAGAGGAAGAGGAGCAGGAGAACACGGCUGAAACAGGACAACAGGAAGAGGAAGAGGAGCAGGAGAACACGGCUGAAACAGGACAACAGGAAGAGGAAGAGGAGCAGGAGAACAUGGCUAAAACAGGACAACGGGAAGAGGAAGAGGAGCAGGAGAACACGGCUGAAACAGGACAACAAGAAGAGGAAGAGGAGCAGGAGAACACGGCUGAAACAGGACAACAGGAAGAGGAAGAGGAGCAGGAGAACAUGGCUAAAACAGGACAACGGGAAGAGGAAGAGGAGCAGGAGAACACGGCUGAAACAGGACAAGAGGAAGAGGAAGAGGAAGAGGAAGAGGAGCAGGAGAACACGGCUGAAACAGGACAACAGGAAGAGGAAGAGGAGCAGGAGAACAUGGCUAAAACAGGACAACGGGAAGAGGAAGAGGAGCAGGAGAACACGGCUGAAACAGGACAAGAGGAAGAGGAAGAGGAAGAGGAAGAGGAGCAGGAGAACACGGCUGAAACAGGACAACAAGAAGAGGAAGAGGAGCAGGAGAACACGGCUGAAACAGGACAACAGGAAGAGGAGCAGGAGAACACAGCUGAAACAGGACAACAGGAAGAGGAAGAGGAGCAGGAGAACAUGGCUGAAACAGGACAAGAGGAAGAGGAGCAGGAGAACACGGCUGAAACAGGACAACAGGAUGAGGAAGUAAAGAAGGCUGCCCGGCAACCAGAGGAAGAGGGAGAGAUAAGUCCAGUGUACGGACGCAGACUGAGCUCCUCUGCUAAAGGUCUGCUGGACUGUCUGGCCCAGCUGCAGCUCAUCGACCCACCCCCUUCUCCAGCUGCAGCCCCAGGCCCUGACCGGGAUCAGCGGUACCAAGAGGUCAUGGAUAUACUAGAGUCACUGUGGCUGUCUAAGCCUGACCUCGAGAAGAGGAAGGAGGGAGAGACAGAGGAGAAGGAGAGGCUAAAAGAUUCUGGUGUGGACCUGAGCAGCGGCUCAGCAGGGUCUGGGGGUUCUGGGAAGACCAGACCAGAUGAAACAGGAGGAGAGGGAGAGACAGAUGGAGGAGGAGAGGGAGAGACAUAUGGAAGAGGAGAGGAAGCAACAUCAGCAGAGCUGCUUUCAGACGCGGCUACCCCAGACAUCGCCAGCCAAGUGCGGAGCAGCCCAGGGGAGGAUGAGUCGCCCCCAGAGUCGCCCCCACGGACAGGUGAGAUGCUGCAGACCCUUGAGAGACUCAAAACCCCAGGGAGCCCAUCCUCUUCAGACAGCACAGCCUACAAAUCCCCCACUGACACAGAGACAGACACCCCGGAGGACACCCCCAGCUCAGGGACACCCCCGUCAGUCCAACGACCGCUGCUCACCAAGCGUAUCUCCCAGGACCCUGACCCGGUCUGGGUUCUCAACCUGCUGAAGAAGCUGGAGAAACAGUUCAUGACCCACUACGUGGAUGCCAUGGCCGAGUUAAAGGUGCGUUGGGACCUAGACAACAAUGUGAUGUUGGACACUAUGAUCACUGAGCUGAGAGAUGAGGUGAAGAAGAGGAUCCAGAUGAGCAUUGAUCGUGAACUGAGGAAGAUUCGGGGACGGGCGGGCCGGGGGCCGCGACCCCCUAACAUGUCCCGGGAGUCAACCAUAACAGACCAGAGGAGGCGGAGGUUGAAGGUCAUGAAGGUCCAGUCGGUAAACGAGAGUGAUGGAGAGCAGGGUUCAGGCGAUGUUAGCGACCAGCGCAGCGAGGACGAGUACUGUCCCUGCGACGCCUGCAUACGGAAAAAGGCGGAGGACAAGGCAAUCAAAAUGGAGGCUGUGGUUGCCAAGGCGCCGGUGAUGAUGGCGUUUGAUCUGCGUAAGAUCCUGCAGAUGAAGAAAGACCCAGAGUCUCCGGUGCCCCCUAGACCCACACAGGGGAAGAACAAUGACAAACUGGAAGAGGAGGAGGAGGAACAGGUUGGGAAUCUAGAGGUGGUACACGAAGACGAGGAAGAGGAGGAGACAAAGGAGGAUAUUAUACCAACUGUUAUAGAGGAAGAUAUCUCUGAGAAGGAAGAGGAAGGAGUGACUGGGGGAGAGGAGGAGGGACAGGAGAGUCACAGAGCUGAGUCUCUGAUGGGUGAAGUAGGGGAGGAAAUAGCUGAGGAGAUAGGGGCUGAAGAACAGGAGGAGGAUGGAGUGGUAGAGGGAACUGAGGAUGAGGAGGAAGAGGCAGGGGAAGGAGAGACGGGGUGUGAAAGUGCAGGAGAAGAUGGUGUGGAGGGGGCGGAGACUGGAGAAGGGGAGGAGUUAGUAGAAGGGGAGGAGGAAGAAGCAGGGGAAGCUGAAGCAGGAGAUCAGGAAAAAGAUGGAGGAGAUGAAGCAGGAGAUCAGGAGGAAGCUGCAGGAGAUGAAGAGACCGGAGUAGCGGGAGAGACAGGGGGAGAGGGAGGAACAGGAGGAGAGGAGGAGACUCCUGAGGAAGAAACAGAGGGUAAUGUGGGGGUGUCAGCAGAGGAUGAGGAAGAGGGAGGAGAGGAGGAGGUGCAGUUGAAUGCUGUGGUGGAGUUUAAUCCUGAAGACGAGGAGGGUGAGGAGAUGGAGGGAAAUAGAGAAAUCCCUCUGAUCCACCAGAUGACCAGAACCUCUGUGGAGUCCCAGCCAGGAUCAAUGGAGAACACAAACCCGGAGCCCAGGGCAUCAGACCCAGUUUCACAAAUGUGCUCCUUAACCCUGAUAGAGCCCAAUGAAACUGUCUCUGAUGGACACCAGAUGGCAUCUGCGGGGGAAGGGUCAGGGGGGAAAGGCCAGAGGAGGAGCCGAUCUCCAGCCAGAAUCAAACGCAGGAAACCAAAAGAGAGCGGCAUAGAACUGGAUGUCCUAGAUCUGUAACCCUCACAGGACAUAGAACUGGGCGUCCUAGAUCUGUAACCCUCACAGGACAUAGAACUGGGCGUCCUAGAUCUGUAACCCUCACAGGACAUAGACCUGGACGUCCUAGAUCUGUAACCCUCACAGGACAUAGAACUGGACGUCCUAGAUCUGUAACCCUCACAGGACAGACUGAGUCACAGAAAGCACUUUAUAAUCUCCUCUCUGAGUUAGGAAUAUCUAUAUGGGAGGUAAUGCACAGGUUUCUGCCAGGUCAGAGUGGCAUAUACUCGUUAUUUUAAUAGAAGGGUUUAACUGAAACUUGGAACAAUCAUAGUAUUAUAUCAUAUCAUAUAUAUCAUAGUAUUAUAUCAUAG